GCUGGGACGCCGGAAAGGACCAGUGGUCCUAGCCCAGGAGCGGCGGUUGUGCUUGGUCGCGGCCGCUAGCAUCAUGUCCCGCGUCUCGGUGCCCUGCCAUGUGAAAGGCACCGUGGCCCUGCAGGUGGGCGACGUACGGACCUCCCAAGGCCGGCCCGGCGUGUUGGUCAUCGAUGUCACCUUCCCCAGCGUCGCGCCCUUCGAGUUGCAGGAGAUCAUGUUUAAGAAUUACUACACAGCCUUUCUGAGCAUCCGUGUUCGCCAGCAUACCUUGACACACACACCAUCCAAGUGGGUGACCUGCCUACGGAACUAUUGUCUGAUGCCUGACCCACACAGUGAAGAGGGAGCCCAGGAGUAUGUAUCACUGUACAAGCACCAGAUGCUGUGUGACAUGGCUAGCGUACUGGAGCUACGCCUGAUUCUGAGACAACCAUCGCCACUGUGGCUGUCUUUUACAGUGGAGGAACUUCAGAUCUACCAACAAGGACCAAAGAGCCCCGCUGUGACCUUCCCUAAGUGGCUCUCCCACCCAGUACCUUUUGAUCAGCCUACUCCCCUCUUGGAGGGUCUCCCAGACCCCAGCAGGGUAUCCUCCGAGGUGCAGCAGAUGUGGGCGCUGACAGAGAUGAUCCAUGCCAGUCACACCUCCACAAGGAUCGGCCGCUUUGAUGUGGAUGGCUGUUACGACCUGAACUUGCUGUCCUACACUUGAGCUGUGGCUCAUAGCCAAGACAUUGGCCUUCCAUGCCCACCCAGGACUGGUUUGGGCCACCAGAGGACGAAGUGCUUUCCCUGGGCAUUCCAAAUGUUGCCUGCUUGCCCAUUCUGUCUGGGCCAUAUCACAGAUUCAAGAUUCUUAGGGGCUCACUGUUUUACUUCAGCAUGAGUUCCUAGUGGGAGUACACGCUGUCCUCACCCAACUACGAUUCAUCUCUUCUAUCCUAAACACACUCCAGUUAUACUUACUAAGAAUUUUCAUGUGCCCUCUACCCCUCCUGCCAACAUGCACAUCCUGUCUUCUGCCUGCUCCCCUUAUCCUGAGUACAGUGGGCUGGUGACCUAUUAGAGCCUGCUCUGUUUUCCUUGCAUUGGGAAGCUACUGUAGCCAUGCCACUCUGGUAAUUUGGAAGCUUGAGAGAGAAAAGAAACCUCAUUUCUUCCUUCUUUUCCCUCAUGUUAUGCCCACAAAAAGAAAUUCCUAUCUAAAUUUCUGCUGCAUGCUUAGGGAUCAAAGCCAAAUUCUCUUGUCCCCUGAGCUGGCUCCUGGAUGGGUUUUCAGAUGGCCCACUUGUUGGCAGGUACCUCUGGCAAGACGGGCCUGAGACCUAUCUGUCAUCUGACACAGCCCAAAGCACAUCCUUGUCCUUUCUCCCAGUUGCCUGCUUCCAAGAGUCAUGCUCAGAGCGAUAAGGGAUAAACUUGGGGGUUGGGGGGAUGGAGGAGAUGAAGGGGUUCAGAUGAAGUGUUCUCAUUGGUAUCUUUUAAGAGACUGAGUUCCUCUACAACCCCACGCCAGCCACUGAAUAAGGCAGACUGUUCUUACAAGAAAAUCCUGCUUCUCUUAGGGUUUUCUUGGCUUUGUCCCCAGGAGCUAUUAUGAAGCAGUACUGCAACAUGCAUUGGACCUGGACAAUUGCACAUUGUGUGACUGAACACACAAGGCCUUCUGGAGGAAGGGCAGCUACCUUUUGGGCACCCUUUGCUGUCACCCAUGAGUAUCUUUGCCUGCCUGGUCAUUUACUUAGCCUCAUUCAGCUUUUGCGGAGGAAAUAAUGACUAGCCCUGUGCUCAGCGAGCCGGGGCUCUCAGUGUGUACUGAGAGGGAGGUCCCUAGAAUGUUAGGGGCUGUACUUCAUUCAGCUGUGUCGCCAGGGCCUAGUGUGCAGCAAGAUCAAUAAAUACUUGUGGAAUGCAUGACUGUGCUGGUU